ACUCAACCAUGUCUUCGAGAAGCGUGUCAAAUUCAAACGUGUUUACAAAAUAAUAAUUUUCAAGAAUCACGUUGUCAAAAAGUGAUCAAUGAAUUAUUUAAUUGUUGUGAAGAAUUAUUAAAAAGUGGGGGAGAGUCACCAAGUUGUUCUAGCGUAAAUAAUAAAAAAAAGGGGGGUGAGAUUAAAACAAUGUGA